CCGCCAGCCCGUCCGGCUGUGCCCGGCGCAGCGCCAUGGUGAGGCUAUGGCGGGCGCUGCAGCGGGCGCGACGCUGUGGGGCCCUCACGGGGCUGCGGGCGCGGCCGGACAGGUUCGGGGGGGUGAGCGUGGACCUGGCCGAACUUCGCCGUCCCCUCCGCCUGGAGCGAGCCGCUUUCGGGCGGUGGCUGCGGGGCGCAGUGGCUCAGUGGCGGGAGGAAGGCCGCAUCGCUGUCUGGCUGCAUGUCCCCAUCUUCCAGAGUAGUUUUGUGUCAGUGGCUGCUUCACAAGGUUUUGCUUUCCACCACGCCGAGCAGGGAUCAUCCACUUUGACACUGUGGCUGGGAGAAGGGCCCAGCAGGCUACCAGAGUAUGCCACCCACCAGGUGGGAGUUGCAGGUGCUGUUCUAGAUGAGAGCACUGGAAAAGUGUUGGUUGUACAAGAUAGAAAUAAGACUAUAAAUGCGUGGAAGUUUCCAGGAGGUCUGUCUAAUCCAGGCGAAGACAUCGGAGACACAGCAGUUCGAGAGGUUUUUGAAGAGACUGGCAUCAAGUCAGAGUUCAAGUCCAUCCUAAGCAUACGACAGCAGCACAAACACCCCGGGGCCUUUGGGAAGUCAGAUAUGUACGUCAUCUGUCGCCUGGAGCCUUCCUCCUUCAGCAUCAGCUUCUGCCAGCAGGAAUGCCUGAGGUGUGAAUGGAUGAACCUCGAUGAGCUCGCCAGGACGAAACAUGCUACUCCCAUCACCAGCAGUGUCGCUAAACUCUUACUGUAUGGGUACCGUGAAGGCUUUGGCAAGAUCGACAUAACCAUGAGGGAGUUUCCAGCCAUCUACACAGGCCUGUUCUACAAACUAUACCACAGGGAGCUGCCCGAGUCCUACAAAAACAUUACAUGAUAGCAAUACAUUUCACAUUUCACUGUAUUAAUAAUUUAGAAUUAUUAUUGUAGUGUUAUUUAGACCAUAUUAAAAUAAUCCAUGGACUUUUUAGGUAAUUACG